ACUAUUUUUUUAGGCUUAUGUAUGAUCGUUUAUUGUGUAUUUAUGAUAUACAAUAAAAUUUUUGAUUAUAAAACUGCUACUCUACCAAUUACUUUAUAUGAGCGACAUUUAUUGGGAAGAAGACAAAAUCGUUUAGGUCUCACAAAAGUAACGUUUAUGGCUAUAUUGCAAGCAUUAACAAUUUUACCCGUUUUAUCCUCUGAUAUAAUGUUUUUACUAAUUCCCGGUUUGUCGUUUGUGGUUAUGUAUCUGGGGUGGUGUGCAUUACCUUUUGUGUUCGAUUUUAUUACGUUUGAUGGGAUAGUGAGAAAAUCAAAAUACGGAAUAAUUGGUGCUUUGCGUGCUAGAAGACAAAGAAUUUCAUAUGAAAUUGCUUUUUCAUUGUAUGUGUUGACAGCAAUAAUUCAUUUUAAUUUUUUUAGAUUUGUGAAUCAAAAUUUAAUUGUGUUGUUAGUAAUUUGGUUACCUUUUUUAGUAAUAAUUAUUGCGGAAUUAAAUCGGGCACCUUUUGAUUUUGCUGAAUUGGAAAUUUUUAUAUCAAUAAUGUUUUUUAAUUUUUCUUUAGUUAUAAGAUUUUUAAUUUUUUCUUUAUUUAUUUAUAUUCGUAGAUCUUAUCCUCGAUUUCGUUAUGAUAUAAUAAUAAUAAUUUUUUUAUCUUUUAAUAUUCUUUUUUAUUACCUAUAA